AGCUGCGCACUAGUCCUUUAAGGGCAGGGGGGAAAAGCGCACACUUCCGGUUUCUACAGACAAAAACAGAGGAGCAGCACAGCAGAGGACGAUCACAGAGACUUUUGUGCAGAGAGGCUUCCACACAUCCUGCAGAGACUCGGAGCCAUGGGGAAGAUCAGCUUCCAGCCUGUGGCGGGACAGAAACUGGACAAGGAGGACCAUGAUGGCGACAAGACAGAAAUACUCAUCCCGCAUCCGAUGGAUGACGAUGAUCUGGUUCUGCCGCUGCGACCCAGGAAGUCUGCCCUGAACAGUGUGUGCUGCAUGACGUUCGGCCUCGUGAUGUUCAUGGCUGGUCUGGUCCUCGCCUCCAUUUAUGUCUACCGCUACUACUUUAUACCUCAUAACCCACAACUAGGCUACUACUCAGAACUCUGCAGGGUGAUCUAUGAUGUUGACGACCCUGAGUACGGCGAGCUGCGCCGGCUUCUGGAGCUCGAGGAAAAUGUCGAUAUCUACCUGGACGAAAACUACGAGAAGAUCAGUGUGCCCGUGCCUCACUUUGGAGGCAGCGACCCCGCUGAUAUAAUCCACGACUUCCACAGAGGACUGACAGCCUACCACGACAUUGCUUUGGACAAGUGCUACGUCAUUGAGCUCAACACCACCAUCGUGAUGCCUCCACGCAACUUUUGGGAGCUCCUUAACAACGUGAAGAAGGGGACGUACUUGCCUCAGACGUACAUCAUCCAUGAAGAGAUGGUGGUGACGGGGAAAGUGCACGACAUGCGUCAGCUCGGACCCUUCAUCUACCGGCUGUGCAGCGGGAAGGAGACCUACCGCCUGAGCCGCAGCCUCACCCGCAGACGCAUCAACAAGCGCGAUGCGAAGGACUGCCACCACAUCCGUCACUUCGAGAACACAUUCGUGGUGGAGACUGUUAUCUGCGAUGAGGCGUAAACACGAUUAACCCCCCCCCCCCCCCCCCCCCCACUCGCCAUCCAAAGGCACGUCUCCAGCCACUGUAGCAUCAACUGUGGAUCUAAACACGUCUCAGUCGCACUUUACUCGUGAUUUCAGUUUGAUUAUUGCAAAUGUUUCCCUAGUAACAAUUAUCUUUAUUUCAAUUAUUUCACUUCCUAUCUAUUUUAUGAGUUGUUUUUUGUUAUGGUGUGAUGCAAGCUGUUUCCAUCACAGGGUUUUCCUUGUAGCAAAGUCCUAAAGCCAUGAUGAAUUGUAAUUUCCUCUGGGGGUUUUAUGGUGGUUAUGGUCGUCGGGGGAGACGACUGUUGCCAUGUGUUGUCAGGGCGACUGUACUUUCAGUUUUUUUUCCUUCUCCCCUGGAGGGUACUUUGUGUUUCUCAGUACCACUCACACACUCAUUACUGCAGAACAUGACGCCAUUGCUUCUCUGAGCAAACAUAACGCAUUGAUUUCUUAUGUUCGCUGUAAUGUAAACGGGUCAUCUCAGAAUCAGAGGACGUUUUAAACAUCCAAACUUUGAAUAAUUAACCCUUUAUUCUCACAUUGUCUGUUGUGUAGUUGAGAAAAACAGGUAGUAAAUCAUCAAAACAUUGUAUUUGUCCAGCUCUGGCAUCAAUGGUACAUUUGAUCAGAUGCUUUAUGUGUGGCUUUUCAGCAGCGCUUAAUGGUUUGCUUAAAGAAAAUGUAGAAAUCCACUUAAAAAAGGUUUAUUAACCUCUUGAUGUGUCAUUUUAAAUCAGUUCAUUUUGAGGUAAUCGUUAAGAAACAUUGUUAGCAGCCUUAACAUGCUUAGGCUACCUAUUCAUAUACUCUGAAACUAAAGUAAUAUCAACAAUCAACCAAAUGAUAGCCUGUUUUAAUGUUAUAUUCAACAUGCAAGGGAAAAGAGAGAAAUGCCAUUUUAGGGGGUGCUCGAGGCCAUUUCAAAUAAUACUUUGAAACCCCUUUUCCUACAACUGUGUUUACAUUCAGUCUAAGGACACGUUUGUUCAACACAACAAGUGCAUGUUUUAGCAUUUGUUGGCAUGGAUUAUUGGAAACGUCAGUGAACGUCCUCCAUUUCUGGAAUGACCCAAACGUGUAACUGCUGACCGGCCGCUUGCUUUUUUUUUUUCCUAAAGCUGCAUUGUGCAAAGUCUGCGUUAUGUCUUCGUAACCUAAUCCAUAAUUGAAACUUGUGAAGAUCAAUGUUUACUUUUCUCAUUUCUUUUUCAUUAAUGCUUUUGUGAAUGAUUUCAAAAUAUACGUUUUUCCUUGCAUGUGUUUAUCUAUAAUUAAAUAAAAAACAGCACUGUUAGAAUGUUUUGUAAAACCACGUUUAAAGCCUUAGUCCAGAGUCAGAGACUGGACUAAAGUCAGUACUAAAGGGAGCAUAUUAUAUUAUGGUAUGUUAGUCAAAUGAAAACAACUCUGUAUUUUAUGUCUGCUGAUUAAAUCAUGAAAUAUGUCUGUGAAUAAAGUAGUGAAAAUAAAUGGUUAUCUGUU